AUGGUUCAAGAAACAACAAAUGUACAAAAAAUACGGUUUUUAAGAUUAAAUCAGGUGUUUGAUAGGGCACUAAAACAGUCAUUGGUGAAAUUUCAGGACUGGGAAAAAUUCAGCUCUUGUUUUCCCACAUACUCCAAAACAAAGGACGGCAUUACUCAUUUAAUGAAUUGCCAGAAACAAGUUGUUCAAUUCUGGAUAGGUUUAAAUCAUAAAGAAUUUGAAGAAUUGUUAGUGGACCGUCAAGUAAAAGAGAAAUUAGAUGAGUUAGAUGAGUUAUUAUCAGAAGCUAAUACUAGAUUGGAGUAUAAAAUAAAUAAUGAAAGCAAUGAUGAGAAAGAGAAAGAUAGUGAUAUUAUGGAUAGACCAAUAAGCGAACUGACCCCCAAUGAACUUCUAGAUUGUAAUCUAUAUACUGAGAGGCAAGGUGCCAUCGAAAAGUUAGAUGAAAGAUUAAAGAAAGUUAGAAAUAUUAAUGAGGGGCUUUUACAGGAGAUAAUGCAGUUAGAAACCGACGUUAAAAAAGAUAUUAAAGAAAUAGAUGACACUUAUUCACGAUUUUUUGGCCAAAAGAUACUAGACGCUCCAGAUAAAGAAUUGACAGAGGGUUUACAUGAUAUGCUAAUACAAGAAGGAGAGUACAACAGGUAA